CCCCUGCUUUGCCUCCAGAUGUGGGUCAAAAGGAAGCACAUGCUGCUUUAAUCCUCUGAUGGCAUGACUGUGCUCCACAGCACAGCACAGCCCCCACUUUUAGACGGGGAUCACACAAAGCGGAUGACUUGUUGGAGAUGAUGGGUUCUGUGCUCGCUAUUAUUUUUUGAAAUCUGGUCACAUUAUCAGCAUUGCUCCUAAAAGUGGGACACCCCAUAUGUGGGAAACGAACCACUCUUUUUUUUUUUUUUUUUUGUAGGUACCAGCAUUGGAUCAGUGCGCCUGCUUAAGGAGGCGGGACUCUGACCCGGUUAGACGUAAAAAAAAAAAAAAAGGCAAAACCGUCUCCAUCUCCUCAGACUGCAUGAGCUGCAAUGUCUGACUGCAGGCGGCAGUGGAACCGGGAGGAUGAGCUCCCCGUCUACUUUGCGGGACCGAUCACCACCGGACCGAACCAGCGCAAAUCCUUUGGGAUGUUCAGCUCCGUGGAGGGCGCGUUUGAGAGCAAGACCAUAGACUUCGACAACUAUGCGGUGGGGAGGAAAGGGAACCGCACCCCGAGGAGUGGGAGCCAGGAGAGGCUGCUGGAGACAGGCGACCCCAUGGGGAAGACCACCGGAGGCACGCGGCAGGGGUCAGAGAGCAACGGAGGCAGGGAUGCGGAUGAGUCCCGGGCUGGAGUUGAGGUCCAAGUCUCAUUUGAGAAGACGAGUCCAAAUGGACAGGGUGAACGGCUGCUGAUCAGAGGGGGACGAGUGGUGAACGAUGACCGCUCCUUCUUUGGAGACGUCUACAUCGAGGAUGGGCUCAUCAAGCAGGUGGGGGAGAAUCUGGUCGUUCCUGGAGGCGUCAAGGUGAUCGAGGCCAAUGGUCGCAUGGUGAUCCCAGGAGGGAUCGACGUCAACACCUGCUUGAUGAAGACCUACCUGGGAACGCAGCCCGUUGAUGAUUUCCUCCAAGGCACAAAGGCUGCUCUUGCUGGUGGAACCACAAUGAUCAUCGAUCAUGUGACCCCCGAGCCCGGGGGAAGUCUGCUGGAGGCGUUUGAGCGCUGGCAGGAAUCCGCCGAUAAAAGAGCGUGCUGUGAUUACUCUCUGCAUGUGGACAUCCCCCAGUGGAAUGAGAGUGUUAAGGAUGAGCUGGAGGUCCUGGUGCAGGACAAAGGUAUCAACUCCUUUCAAGUGUACAUGGCCUACAAAGAUGUUUACCAGAUGACAGAUUCUCAGCUUUAUGAGGCGUUCUCCUUCCUGAAACAGCUAGGUGCUGUCGUGUUAGUACACGCUGAAAACGGAGACCUGAUUUUUGAGGAACAAAGAAAAAUCCUUGGGAUGGGAAUCACUGGUCCUGAAGGUCAUCCUUUGAGUCGUCCUGAAGAGGUGGAAGCUGAGGCUGUGUUUCGUGCCAUCACCCUCGGUAACCGCGUGAACUGUCCUGUCUACAUCACAAAGGUGAUGAGCAAGAGCGCCGCUGACACCAUCGCUCAGGCCCGCAGGAAAGGUUCGGUAGUAUUUGGGGAACCAAUUACAGCCGGAUUGGCGACGGAUGGAUCUCAUUAUUGGAGUAAAAACUGGGCCAAAGCAGCUGCCUACGUGACCUCUCCACCUUUAAGUCCUGACCCCACCACACCAGAACAUCUCCACACCCUGCUGGCCAGCGGGGACCUGCAGGUGGUGGGCAGCUCUCACUGUGCGUACAGCUUGUCUCAGAAAGCCAUCGGUAAAGACGACUUCACCUUGAUCCCAGAGGGAACCAACGGCGUGGAGGAGAGGAUGGGCUUCGUCUGGGACAAAGCUGUGGCCAUGGGGAAGAUGGACGAGAACCAGUUUGUGGCGGUCACCUCAACCAACGCAGCUAAAAUCUUUAACUUGUAUCCGCGUAAGGGACGCAUCGCUGUGGACUCUGACGCGGAUAUCGUCAUCUGGGACCCAGACAUCGUCAAAACCAUCACUGCGAAACAGCAACAGUCGGCCGCAGAGUAUAACAUCUUCGAGGGCCUGGAGUGUCGUGGAGGUCCGGCGCUGGUUCUGAGUCAGGGCCGGGUGGUUUAUGAAGGAGGCAAGCUGCACAUUCAGCAGGGCACCGGGAGGUUCAUUCCACGCAAGCCCUUCGCAGACUACGCCUUCCAGAGGGUCAAGUUUAGGAACCAGGUAAACAUCAAGCAGGGUGUCACACGUGGUGUCUAUGAUGGCCCUGUGCAUGAUGUUGCCCCCACCCCCAAAUACAUAACCCCUUCUCCAUCGGCCAAAACGUCCCCCACCUCUCACCAGCCGCCGCCAGUACGCAAUCUCCACCUGUCCAACUUCAGCCUCUCAGGUGCUCAGAUAGACGACAACAUUCCCCGGAGGUCUGGCCACCGCAUCGUAGCACCCCCCGGUGGUCGCUCCAACAUCACCAGCCUCGGCUGAAUGCUUUAAUCUGCACUUAGUGUGUUCUGUGUGUGAGAUUCCUCCUUGUUAUAAGCAUAUCUGAGUGUGGGUACGUUGGCAUGAAUGAACACCUUUCAGUAUUAUAGUGAAACCACUAAUUUAUCAGUUUGGCAAUCAGAUUUAUAAACACUUAUUUCCAUAAAUAAAAAUAAAAAAAUAAGCGUAUUUCACAAUCAUUGAAGACAUUCAAUUCUAUGCCAAACCUUAUAUCUGGACUCACAAAUGCACAUGUGAAUGGUGUUUUAAACAACCCUAGUGUUUGAUCUAAUUGUUGUUUUCCUCCUCUUGUGCAUGACAUCCUUCUUUUUUAUCAGACCCCACGUGUUCAGACAUGGUGCUCCUCUGUCGCCCUCUGAUGGACAACUAAAGUAAUUACAUUUUUAAAGUAAAUUCUGCAUCUGGUUUAAAAAAAUAGCUCAGCAUUUUCCAACAUGACAUCGUAUGCAUUUGCAUGAUAAAAUUCACAUUUUGAACUACUUGUGUGUUAUGACUACAAGGAUAGAACACUAAAUGUAUGACUGAAAGCACAUCUGUAUCAGCACAAACCUUCUCACACUGUCAUCAAUUAAAAGAGUAAAGCAGUGAAAGUAGUUUAAUUCUCUUCCACACAUAUGCAAAUGUAUCAAUGCUCUCAUUUAAAAUUAGAAAAUAGAGCAGCGCUUGACCGGAUGUGCAUGUUAUAUUAGGAUCUGUGUUCUUAUAUAAAAGCUUCACAAUGUCUUUUACCGUUCUCUGCCUAUCACUGUUGCCAGAAAUAGAUCUGUUGUUGCAGUAACAUUAUGAGUUCUGCUGUUUAAAGGCUUCCACUACUAACCUUUAAAAUCUCACUGAUACAAUAAAAAAAGUUGAUUUCUUUUCCUUCAUGUGUUCCUGAUGCAAUAUUUAAUGUUUCUAUGGUGCUCUGCUUUUCUUCCAUUUGUAAGCUCUUUCCAAUGGAACCAGUAAUUACAAAUAAAGACACGACUGUUGUCCAAAAAUGAUGGUGUGGAAUAAAGGCCUGAAACUUGGA